AUGUUUAAUGCUCGUAGAAUGCUGCCGACAAAGUUUAGGAAACUUAGCGCUGAUAGAACGAUGGAGAGAGAUUCUGACUUGGUUGAACAAGAACAUUUCAAUAUUGACGAAGAAAUUCGAGCUAUCCUCGUCCAAGGUCUAGACCAAGUAACAUGGGAACCAAGCUCACAAGGCGGCACGGUAUCAACGAUCCGCGAUAUCCGUGCAGAACUAAAGGCGGCUAUAAGAUCUCUGGCAAGCUCAUUAGUCAAGGGGGAAAAGGUCUCAGCUAUUAGACAUGAAGAGGGCUCUGGGAAUAUCGUUCGCGCAGAAGGUCCUUGCUCUGUGACGAUCACUGAAUGUACACAUAUCGUUCCGAUCGUCCUUUCCGGAAGUCCUCCAACAAUUGGCCAUUUAUCCCUCACCAUGGAGACGAUAACACAUGUAAAGCAAGGCAAAAUCCUUGUCAAACCUGGGUCGAUUGUGUGCUUUUCAUUCUAUUCGAGAGCCCCGGAGAAGUGA